GCUCCCGGAGCCCCCAGCACUGGCUGCGCCUCACCCGCGCCCGCCCCUGCAGACGCCCGAGACGCAGCGAGGGAGGCGAGCGGCGGCCGCACGGGAGCCAUGACCGAGACCACCAAGACCCACGUCAUCCUGCUGGCCUGCGGCAGCUUCAACCCCAUCACCAAGGGCCACAUCCAGAUGUUCGAAAGAGCCAGAGAUUACCUUCACAAGACUGGACGGUUCAUUGUAAUUGGAGGAAUCGUCUCGCCUGUACAUGACUCCUAUGGCAAGCCAGGACUGGUCUCCAGCCGACACCGUCUGAUCAUGUGCCAACUGGCCGUCCAGUCCUCUGACUGGAUCAGGGUGGACCCGUGGGAGUGCUAUCAGGACACCUGGCAGACUACAUGCAGCGUGCUGGAACACCACCGUGAUCUGAUGAAGCGAGUGACUGGCUGCAUCCUCUCCAAUGUGAACACACCUUCCAUGACACCAGUGAUUGGACAGCCCCAGAAUGAGUCUCCACAGCCCAUCUAUCAGAACAACAACAUUUCCAACAAGCCUACUGCAGUGAAGAUCUUGGGGAAAGUGGGAGAAAGCCUGAGCAGGAUUUGCUGUGUUCGCCCACCAAUGGAGCACUUCACAUUUGUGGAUGAAAAUGCCAACUUGGGGACAGUGAUGAGAUACGAGGAGAUUGAGCUGCGGAUCUUGCUGCUUUGUGGCAGUGACCUGCUCGAGUCCUUCUGUAUCCCAGGCCUCUGGAAUGAGUCUGACAUGGAGGUGAUAGUUGGGGAGUUUGGAAUCGUGGUGUUGCCACGGGAUGGUGCAGACCCCGAACGGAUCAUGAACCACUCCUCAAUACUCCGCAAGUACAAAAACAACAUCCUGGUGGUGAAGGAUGACAUGAACCACCCAAUGUCAAUUGUCAGUUCGACCAAAAGCAGACUGGCCCUGCAGCAUGGGGACGGACACGUCGUGGAUUAUCUGAGUCAGCCCGUCAUCGACUAUAUCCUCAAGAGCCAGCUGUACAUCAAUGCCUCUGGGUAGAGCCCGAGGCUCCACAGUGAAGCAACCCCGUCGCUCCACUUCCCUACAGCUCUCCAUCACACUUCUCUCUUUCUCUGUGUCUGUCUGUCUCUCUCACGGCCUCCUGCGUGUGUCUGCCUGUCUCACUCACUGACUCCAACGCUCCAUAGUGCAGGAAUCUCCAGGGAACUGUGGCACACCCCAGCUGCACAGCUCUGCAGUCGCCUUUGGAGAACCUUUCCACUUUGUACACAGGGGGUAGAGCAAAUAGAGAUAUAAUCAACUCCGUAUGCUUUCGGGAGGCGGCUCCAGUGCCUACCUUCCCAGCAUGCCCUAGGGAAGUGGCUCUGCUGUCCGCCUACUGAGCAUGCUCUGGGAGCAGGGGCUUGUUCUUUUGCAUUUUCUGGCACUUCAGCUAAAUAAAACUUGGUGGAUCUUUUUAUUAAUAGUU